UCCAAGAAGUCCAUAAAAAGUGUCUAGGAAAGACACAACACAAGUCGGAUAAAAAUAUGAUUGUCAACUGGAGCUUAAUUAUCAGCCUACAACUCCUUACUGCAAUUGAGGUUGCUGCGUCCCAACGAGGAAAUCUGCGCAUUGUGGGAGGAAAGGUCCUUUCUAUAGUGAAAGCACCCUGGCAGGUUUCAAUACAAGUGGAUAGGAUUCAUAUUUGUGGCGGCUCUAUUUUGAGCCCUUCUAUAAUUGUAACAGCAGCACAUUGUGCGAGGCGGCUUAGACGCAAGAAUUCACAAAUUCGGGCAGGAUCCAAUUAUUGGAAACGUGGAGGGCAGGUCGCUCAAAUAAAAAAAAUUACUGAGCAUCCGAAGUUCAAUGCCGUUACUUUUGAAAACGACGUCGCCAUUUUGCAUUUAAGUACGAAACUUAAAUUUGGUCUGACCACAAAUUCGAUUCAGCUGGUAAGAAAAGCACCACAGAAAGGAGUUCGUGUGUCUGUUUCAGGCUGGGGUUUUACGAGAGAGAACGGUUUUAAUCGUUCGCGGGAUUUGCAAUAUGUGUAUGUGAAAAUUAUAAGUCGCAAGUCUUGCCAGAACUCGGGACACGCUAAAAAAGGAACAAAAAUAAGAACGGGCAUGAUAUGUGCUGCCGGCAAUAAUAAAGAUGCAUGUCAAGGGGACUCUGGCGGCCCGUUGAUUGGAGAUGGAAAACUAGUUGGUAUUGUUUCAUGGGGCGUGGGAUGUGCUAGAAAGGACUUUCCAGGAGUUUACACCGAUGUGGCAUUCUACCGGAAGUGGAUAUUAACAGGAUCGAAAAAGAAAGUGUAAAAACUAUAUCUUUCAAUUUAUAUGAAAGUAUCUUUCGUAUUCCUCUACAACUAGUAAGAAUCCCCCACUAGAUUUUGAUCAUCAUAUAUCACCGAGCAGCAGUAUGUAGUUGAGUUAUCGAUUUUCAUAAACAAACUCUAUAUCCGCGUGAGGACCUAGGAAAAAACAAGUAAUGGUGCUCUAGUCGAGACUGCUCGACUAGGAGAUACCCUGAACCAUGCAAAGAAAUUCACUUCUUUUAUACACAUAUAAAAAAUCACAACUGCACAGUUAGCAGCGACUGUGCUUGGGUUGCAGUGCACUGAAGGCGUGGUCUCCAAAAUCUUUAAGUUACAAAGCCGCUAUAUUUAUUAAAUAUAUACACAGUAAAUCUGAAGUCUCCAGGUCUAAAGGUGCUCAAAUUAGACUGAAAAAAAAAAAAAUAAAUAAAAUAAAAUUUUCGAUUAUUCUCGAUAAAAAAGCUAUCGGAUAAGUCAUCCAAAAAAAUGUGAUAAACUUUUACUGCGUAUGGUACACAUGAGU